AUGUCAUGGGACCUCAACCUCUGUAUGGAUUGGGGAGGAAAGGUGUUGGUCCCCUUUCACUAUUUCGUUCAACCACGGUCACCACUCUCUCCAGCACCGUCAUGCCAGCCGUUUCCAUUCCUCAACCUACCAAUCGACCUCCAACUCAUCAUCUACGAGCACUGCGAUGCCCCUACGCUGUUUCAUUUAAUGCACACAUGCUUGCGCACACGUAGCCCCGCAGCCAAACUGUUCUGGACGAAUGAUUCAAUAGACUACUGGUACCACUGCCACGAUUCUGGGCUGUUUGAUUUCGGAAAUCGCGACUGCGUCGUUGUAAAGCAUUGUUUAGAGUUUGCGCAACGCAUCACCAGGAUCGAUGUUGAUCUGACAAGACUCGAGAUGCACUUCGGAGGAGAUGACGAACCUCCCCUGUUUCGGGAGCAAGCAAGCACAGUAAGAAAGGCGCAAGAUUUCUGGAGUAAAGUGGAAAAAGCUUUCCCGGCUGUAAAAAGAAUGGUAUUGGCGGGUUGUUUACCACGACGAGAACUACCGCCGCCACCUGGCGAGUUCGACCAAGACUAUGCCACGAUAGAGACUGUUGUAAACUGCGCACCUUCUCAUGUCGUCGUUUGGAUAGCUUUCAACAACAGGCGUAUUUUUGAUCGUCAGCACUGUGCCUUGUGGCAGGUAUCGAGUGGCUCGGAGCCUAGAUGGCAGCUCCUCGACGAGAACUGGGCGCCAACUCGAGUCCUGCCCCCAGUGCGGAAGUUCUCGGCCUCUCCCUUGGGAGAUCUAUUAACAUUCACACGUCAAAAUCUCUAUCUGAUGCUCGAGACCCGGGGCCUCGACCAGCUGAAGAUGGAAACUUAUGCGAGGUAUGCGGUUGACGGUGUCAUUCGAUGUCCACGCUUGGACUGUGAUGCUACGUUUCCAAAAAGAGAUCAAUGGGAACAACAUCUGCAAAACAGUAGUCAUUGGCGCUUGGGGUCGAAAUUCGGAUACGAAGGGGAGCAUAUGAUGGAACUUUUGUACUUCAAGCAUACACCCGAGACAGUGAAGGCUGCUAUAGAAGCACGGAAGCAGCGUAUCGAUGCAGGGUAUCGUCAAACAAGAAAACUACAGAGGCGGGUAGGCUGUGGCUGGAACGAAGAGGGUAGUGAGCAGAGACGACUCUUUGAGGAGCAGUAUUUUGCUCAGUUGAAAGAAGAGAACUUCGCUGCGCCGGGAGAAUUUUUCAUGGAGCCGGGAUCAUAUAACGCGUGGUUAGACCUUCUAUAUAUGUACUUUGAUCCGACGCAUAUUUACUAUGCAGGCGAGUAA